AAUUGACCUCAGAAUUAAAAAUUGAUGAGGAUGAAGAUUGUAUAGAUUUUUUAAAUGAUUUUGAUUCUCAUGUUUCUGCUGACUCAUCGUUUGAAGAAUUAAAUGAAGCGUUUACAUUAGAUGAAAUAAGGAGUGCUAUUAAAUUGUUAGGCAGGGAUAAAGCAUGUUCUUUAGAUAAUAUUUCAUAUGAGUAUUUUUUAGAAGGUAUUGAUGUUUUAGAUAAACCGUUAGAGAUCUUGUUUAAUUAUAUUCUUGAUAAACAAUGUUUCCCAAAGUCAUGGUCUAAAGGUGUCAUUAUACCUGUAUUCAAAAAGGGAGAUAAUGCUGAUGUAAAUAAUUAUAGAGAAAUGCAACAAAGCCAUUGGCCAGAUGGUCCUUACUGGUUGUUGAUGUCGGUGAACGGUUGUCCGGAACCUCCGGAAUUCGGAUGGGAAAUCGGAUAUAUUCAAUUCACUGCAAACAUCUCAGAACAUGAAACAGCUUUCUUUCAUGAAUCGCAAAUAGAAUCAAAAGUUUCUGGUAUGUUUGGACCAUAUACGUACAGGAUGAACUUUUGUUAUAAGUCUGAUGGGCAGUUUGAAAGUUUCGAAGCUUGGCCAAACUUUUACUUUUCCGUGUUUGGUACGAAGGACAGUUGCCCGGGAGAUGACUUUACAGAGUCUGUUCUAAAUGUCACGGUCGUACCCAUCAUUAAUGUGAUGUCAGACGGUGCUGUACCGGAUUUCAAAAUCGUAAAUCGUGAAGAUUAUACAGAUAUUGAGUUUGUGAUAUGUGAACAUAAAAGAGUUCCUUUCUACGUCAGUAAUUGGAGAUCAAAAUCAGAGCCUUUCAUAUUUAUAAAGUUUUCAAGUGCAAAAUGUCCACGACUUCAUGGAACGGCGAUUACUUUUCCGUUACCAUCAACAACCAUAGAGCUUGAACUCUGCUUCUUCCGUCCGGUAAUGAAAGGGAACAGAUAUUUAGAUAAUUCAUAUCAAGAGCUUAUACUGUACGACUGGAACUAUUAUGCAUAUAUACCUUGCCAUGCUGUGUUUCACAGGAAAAUUACGGUUGAUAUAGGUGAAUGUAUGAUGGGAGAAGUGAUUAGAAUAGCAAACGUUUUCGAAGAGUUCACAGACUGCGUUGGUUUGUCCUUCAUCUACAUUGAUUUAUUAAAAACAGUGAGAGUAUCUGGCGUCAUGUUUGAUUUAGAUUGGUUUUCUGACAAGGGCACCACUUUCCAACAGAUCAAACGUCUUAUAAUGGACUCGCAUAUACAAAUUUUCAUUGGCAACGUCCCAUGGAAUAACAUGAAUAAGUUUAACCAGCGUUGCAGACAUGUGUCCUAUACACAAGGAUAUGGUAGAAACAGUGGUGUGGUUAUCUUAACAUGCUCAAGGGAUUACAAGGGACGAUAUAUUACAAUCCAACUGUGGAAACAUACUGGGAUUGCUGAAAUGAUUGAUAAAUUUCGUGUACAAACCAGUACUCUUAACAUAUAUGCGGUUUCUUGUACAGAUAUUGAAGAUGAUGAAACUGCAUUGCCCUGUAAUGAAGAACUUGGUAUGGCCUCUUAUGCUAUUCAGGAUUUUCAAAUAUCUGCCACAUCCACUUAUGGCGCAUACGUACCAAUAAAUGCAAGACCAGGUGGUACAGGAUGGCAAGCCUUAAAAUCGGACGUUCUUCCAUUUAUCCAGGUUGAUCUUUUAGUACACACUAUUGUCAAUGGUAUUGUAGUCUACAACUGGUACGAAGUUACCAAUGAUACAAGUGACAAUUUAUACCGACUGUACGUAAAUGAGAAAGGCUGUCCAUCCUUUAGACUUCAGUACGGGACCUCCCUGCAACAUAUGAGAUGGUACAAGUUUGAGGUAUCAUAUUUUCAUCAAAAUCAUAUCUGA